AUGGUUAUAACCACGAUUAAUGUUGAAAAUGAUGUACGACGUCGAUAUAAUCGACGAGUACUUUUUUGCAUUCGAAUUAAAGGAGCUGCCAUAUUAAUUGGUUUAUGGGAUUUAUUCAUUCAUUUAGCUGCUUUAUGUGCUCUUAUAUUUAUGUUCGGACGAACAUCUCGAACAAUAACGGACUUAACACCAAUCGAUGAUGAAUUUUCUCGACAAAUCCCAUCACCAUUUGUUGAUCCUUAUCAUGAUUCAUCAUCACAUAUUAUUUUAAAUAAUAAAGAAUUUCGUUCAAGUAAUAUAUUAUUAAAUCGAAUUCUUGAAAAACGUAAUGCAACAUAUCCACCACCGAUGGAUAUAAAUGCAAAAAAUUUUUAUGCUAAUAUGGAUUUAACGACAAUUAAAUGGGCACAAUCACUCAGUCAACAAGAUAAAUGUGUCGUCUUUUUCGUCGUUUUUUCGGCUACAGUACUUAUCUUAGUACAUAUUUGUGGAGUUUUAGGUAACAAAGCAUCAUAUGUAGUACCAUAUUUUCUAAUAAAAGUCGUUAAUGUGAUUAUAUCAAUAUUAUCAAUGUUAGGUUUUUAUACUUAUUUACCUGAUAUAUCAACAUGGCUUCGAAUGCAACCAGAAUUUCCCUUUAAAAAUUAUUUACUUGAACUCGAUGGACAAACACUUCAACUUAUUAUAUUUACUUUUCUUUUAUUUAUCAUCUUAGCUAAACUUUAUAUUGCGGCUAUUAUUUGGUAUUGUUAUGGUUAUAUAACUGCAUUAAAUAUGGCAAGAGCAAUUGGAACAAUUACAACACAUACAGAUUGUCCACAAUCAAUUCUUGGAGAAAUGUAUUCGCCACCAAAAUAUGAAGAAGCAAUUAAAUUAAAUUCUCAACAUCAAGAAGAUUAUGCACCACCACCAUAUACACCAUUACUCUCAGCAUAA